AUGGAGUCCUCGGUUGAUGUUGAAUCAACUGCAAAACGACCCCGACCAAGUGGCAUUUCUCCUGCCCUCGAUGGAGACAAAAGACUUGAAAUUUCAAGUGGCAGCCUUCCAGACCCAACACAUGAUAAGACUUCAUAUGUUGUUGAUUACAACAAUCCAUUCGCAAUAUCUGAUGUUCUGGAUAGUUUAGAGCGUGGAAGAUUUGGAAGUGUCACAAAGGACAUAGAGGACCUUAUAGCCCAAAAAAUGCAAAUAUUGGGCCCUUACUUUGUUAAAUAUCCCAUACUAGUGGAUCAAUGGGUGAAAGUUGUCAUGAAACACAAGGAAGGAAUGGUAAAUCAACAAGUUACUGUUUUGACCCACGAAAAUGUCAUAGAUCUGAAGGGGGAACACACUGGAAAGGAUGUCCCUGAAUCACAAGAUCACGUUGUGAUUAUUGAUUCAGAUGAAGAAGACAAUACAGAUAAAAAAUCUAUUAUCCCAUUUCAUGAAGUUGUGUUGCCGAGACUAAUUGCACCAUCUCCUGCAUUGAAGAUGAUUGGGUAUCAACCUCCCAUUAACCUGGGAGAAAGAGAUCUAAAAAUUGAGACAAGUAUGGCUGGUAAACAUAACAACACUUGGAACGAUAAAGGUGUUUAUAUUGGUGUACAGGAACGGGAAGAAGAUGAGGUUGAUACUGAAGAUGAUGGUCUAGAAGAUAUUUGGAAGGAAAUGUCAAUGGCAAUAGAAUGUUCAAAAGAUGUUUCAGUGAAUCCUCAGCUGGAUGAAGAAGAAGAAGAAGAUGAUGACGAUUGUGAUCAUUCUUUUGUCUUAAAAGACGAUCUUGGUUAUGUUUGUCGUGUUUGUGGGGUUAUUGAACGGGGAAUUGAAACCAUAUUUGAGUUUCAGUACAAGGUUAAACGCAGCACAAGAACUUAUGCAUCUGAUUCAUGGAAUAACAAAGGAAAAGAAGAUGUAUUUGGAAUUAAUGUUGUUGAAGACGACCUGAGAGUUACUGAAAUCCCAGCGCAUCCUAGACACAUGAAACAGAUGAAACCCCAUCAAAUUGAAGGAUUUAAUUUUCUUGUUAGAAAUCUUGCAGGUGACCAUCCUGGUGGCUGCAUCUUAGCCCAUGCUCCAGGAUCUGGAAAAACAUUCAUGAUAAUCAGUUUCAUGCAAAGUUUUUUAGGCAAGUAUCCGAAUGCAAGACCCUUAGUGGUGCUUCCUAAGGGAAUAUUGUCAACAUGGAAAAAGGAGUUUCAAACAUGGCAGGUUGAGGACAUACCUCUAUAUGACUUCUACACAGUGAAGGCAGACAGUAGAAGUCAACAACUAGAAGUGCUGAAGCAAUGGAUGGAGCAGAAGAGUAUCCUUUUCUUAGGAUACAAACAGUUCUCUUCUAUCGUAUGUGAUAAUGGGACCAACUCUACAUCAUUAUCUUGCCAAGAUAUUUUGCUUAAGGUUCCUUCAAUUCUUAUAUUAGAUGAGGGGCAUAAUCCUAGAAAUGAAAACACAGAUAUGGUACAGUCCCUUGCUAAAGUUCAAACGCCUAGAAAAGUUGUGCUGUCAGGGACGCUUUAUCAAAAUCAUGUCAGGGAGGUGUUUAACAUUUUAAAUCUUGUGCGGCCAAAAUUUUUGAAGAUGGAAACAUCGAAGCCUAUUGUGAGGCGCAUUCAUAGUAGAAUUCAUAUACCAGGGGUGAGAAGCUUCUAUGACUUAGUUGAAAACACUUUGCAGAAGGACACUGAUUUCAAAAGGAAAAUAGCUGUCAUACAAGAUUUACGUGAGAUGACGAGCAAGGUACUUCACUAUUAUAAAGGAGAUUUUCUUGAUGAGCUUCCUGGUCUUGUUGAUUUUACUGUGGUGCUCACUCUUAGCCCUAGACAGAAGCCUGAAGUAGGGAAAAUAAAAAAGUUCUCCAGAAGAAAGUUCAAGAUAUCUUCAGUAGGAAGUGCUGUCUAUUUGCAUCCUAAACUGAAACCACUAGCAGAAAAUUGUGGUGAAAAUUCUAUUUCUGAUCAUGUAAUGGAUGAUUUGAUAGAGAAACUGGAUGUUAGAGAUGGUGUGAAGUCAAAAUUCUAUUACAACAUGCUAAAUUUGUGUGAAUCAGCAGGGGAGAAGCUGCUAGUUUUCAGUCAGUAUCUGUUACCUUUGAAAUAUUUAGAAAGGUUGACUAUGAAGUGGAAAGGCUGGAGUCUUGGAAGAGAAAUUUUUGUAAUUUCAGGAGAAUCAAGUUCAGAGCAUCGAGAAUGGUCCAUGGAAAAAUUUAAUAAUUCUCCUGUAGCCAAAGUCUUCUUUGGCUCAAUCAAGGCAUGUGGAGAGGGUAUAUCACUGGUUGGGGCCUCCCGCAUAAUUAUUUUGGACGUUCAUCUCAACCCGUCAGUUACACGUCAAGCUAUAGGUCGUGCAUUCAGACCUGGCCAGAUGAAGAAGGUGUUUGUGUAUCGUUUAGUAUCUGCUGAUUCUCCAGAAGAGGAAGACCACUAUGCUUGUUUCAAGAAAGAAUUAAUUUCAAAAAUGUGGUUUGAAUGGAAUGAGUAUUGUGGUGAUCGAGCUUUUGAAGUUGAAGCGGUUGAGGUGAAAGAGUGUGGUGAUCAAUUUCUUGAAAGUCCACUGUUAGGGGAGGAUGUAAAAGCUUUGUAUAAAAGGUUAGUCUGUGUUCCAGGUGAUCAAGAGAAUCAGAGUCUGGUUAUCCAUAUAACAGAUCAAGAGAAUUUGACUUUGCAAGCUUGGAAUCCUCCAUCCUUUAUUUUCAUGUCCUAUAACAAAUUUCAUGUGCAUCAAGUUUGA